AUGGCCAGUCUGGUGCAGGACGCGUACAGCCGCCUGCAGGAGGAUGCAGGCUAUGUGCUGCAGCUGCUGGGUGGCCCCGACAGCCACUGCCUGCAGGCCAUAGAGGAGAUCUGCCGCGCGCCCUUCACGAUUCGGGCAGGCAACAACCGCACCCUGGUGUCCUUCCAGCGUGUCAUCGUGCCGCUGCUGCACCUGGUCACCAGCCGCCGCUUCCUCAACAACCCUCUGACUGAGCUGAGCAACCCGGUGCUGGCCCGCAUCGCAGACACGCUAGACCCCCAGGCAGUGGCUACCUGCCUGUCGCAGCUGGCUGCCGCCGGCAGCAUCGCAGAUGCCGACCCCAGGCACACAGUGGGCGAGCGGGACCGUGCCCGCUGGGCGCCAGCGGACUGCGGCGAGCUGGCGCAGCCCAUUGCGGCUUUCUUCUACGAGGUGCUUCUCAAGUUUGAGGACAAGCGGCGGCGCCUGGCAGCCGGCGCCAGCGCGUGCACCGAUGCCAUCACGGCCUUCUGCUCCAGCCUGGAAGAGGAGCAGGGCAGGGCACCGCUGCAUGCUGUGGUCGCGGGGCGGGUGGAGGACAUCCACAGGUGCUACCUGCGCUACGUGCUGCGCCUGCUGCGCCUGCUGUUGCUACUGCAGCACGAGCAGCGGCAGGAGUACGAGGCUGACCAGAAGCGGUGCCGCGAGCACAUGCGGAAGCAGAAUGCCACGCACGAUCGGCUGUUUGGCAAGCAGCAGGGAGGUCAGAGCCUGCUGGAGGGGCCAGGGGAGCUGCGCGGGGCAGGGCGCAGGCACAGCAAUGACCACGCCGACAUCCGCCGCAUCUCCAUCAUGCCCACCAGCGACGAGGUGCUGUGCAGCGUGGCACCCUACCUGCCCAAGGGCCCCUCCAGCCACCUGCCCCCCGGCUCGGCAGAGGCACACAUCGACCGACAGUUCAGGCUGAUGCGCCACGACAUCAUCGCUGAGCUGUGUGCUGGAGUGGCGGCGUACCAGGCGGCAAGCGCUCGCCGCAGCGCAGGUGCCGCAGGCGGCGGCACGCAGCAGGGCAGGCUGCUGCUGUCUGUCGCUGCAUCUGCCAUCCGCGAUGUCAGGGUGUUUGAUUACAAGAACGUUGUGGUGGAGGCGGUGCACCUCAACAAGUGGGCUGGAGUGCACUUCAUCAUCACCUUUGAUGAUCUGGAGAGCAGCGCUCGCAAGACCACCGAGCAGCGCCGGGACUUCUGGACCAAAACCAAGCGCCUGCAGCACGGCACGCUUGUCUGCCUUCUGCUGCCCCCAUCCAUGCAAGCGGGCGGCGCAGAGGAAGAGCGCCUGGUGUUUGCCACCAUCAGCCAGCGGGACGUGGACAGGCUGGCACCUCGCAACCCCCCAGCAGACUUCCGGCCAAGCAUCGGCAUCAGCCUGGGGUCUGGACUGAGCCAUGCGGAGGAUCUACGGGAGGUGGUUCAGCUGCUUACCGCCAGCAGCACCGGCGCCGGCGGCAGCGGCAGGCAGCAGUGGCGCGCCCCUCCCGCCCUCGAUGCCGUCUCCCCAAGCAGCGGCGUGGUCAUGCUGCAAUCCAGUGGCAGCUUCUUUGCGUAUGACCCCAUUCUCAAGGCGCUGCAGCGCAUGGAGCUCUUGCCCCUGCAGCAGUACCUUGUGCCUCCUACAGUACAUGCCGCCACCGUGCACCCAGGCCACGCAGCAGAGGUGCAGCCGCCAGCCUUCCUCGGCACCAGCAAGCAUGUGUACGACCUCUCUGUGCUGGUUGAUGGUAGCAAGGUGGCUGAACUGGCUCCCCAGCGGGCAGCCCGCUGGAAGCAGGAGUUAGAGGCAGUCAGCCUGCUGCACUCCGACGCCUUCCCGACUGCCGCCCUGACCGCGCUUACGACUCUGGACCCGGACCAGAUUGCCUCCCUCAAGGCCGGCCUGAUGCAGCAGCUGGCUCUCAUCCAGGGCCCCCCCGGCACCGGCAAGACAUACCUUGGCAUCCAGCUCAUGCGGGCGCUGCUGCACAACCUGGCGGCCAGCGAGCUGCCAGUGCUGUGCGUGUGCUACACCAACCACGCGCUGGACCAGUUCCUGGAAGGAGUGAAGCUGGCGGGGCUGAUUGAGGCUCCAGAAGAGAUGAUCCGCAUCGAGCGGCGCCUGGCUGCCGAGUGCUAUGGGAGCAUGGAGCAGUACGAGCGGGACUGCAAGGAGAUUGUGGAGAAGCUGGCAGCCGUCAGGAACUCUCUGCCAUGGUAUGCAGUGAGGGACCAUCUUGAAUCACUGGCGCCUGACCUGUACCUCUCACUGCGCCCGACAGCCAGCCAGCAGCCAGGGCGGGGCGUCAGCGAGCAGCAGGCACAGCGGGCGCAGCAGGCACAGCGGGCACAGCAGGUGCAGGCGCUUGCCCGCCGCGGCUUUGAUGAUGCGGCUGUUGCUGAGAUGGAUGACGACGCAAGCAGCAUCAGCAGCCUGGAGUCAGUGGAGGGGGCGGGUGCGGCCAGGCUGCUGGAUGCAGACGACGCUUGGGCCCUCCCCAUGCCGCAGCGGCAGCGCCUGGUGGACCACUUGAAGCGCACCCUGCAGGAGGACCUGCUGUCCUCGCUGCACCGCAAGAUGGAGCUCUACUCUGGCUGCAUCGACCGCCUGCGCCGCGUGCACGACUCCAGCAAUCUCGAGGUUCUGCGAGGAGCCAAAGUGAUUGGGGCCACCACAUCUGGCGUGGCUCUGCACCAAAGCCUCAUCGCCUCCCUGGGGGUCAAGAUUGUGGUGUGCGAGGAGGCUGCCGAGGUGCUGGAGGCUCAUGUGCUGGCCUCCCUCACCCGCCACACCGAGCAGCUGAUCCUCAUCGGUGACCACGAGCAGCUGCGCCCCAAGACCUACCAGCUGUCCAUGGAUUCCAACAGCGGCUACAACCUGGACCUGUCCCUGUUUGAGCGCGUCGUGCGGCAGGGCGGCCUGCCUGUCAACACGCUGUCGGAGCAGCACCGCAUGCGCCCCGAGAUCAGCCGCUUCAUCAGGGCCACCAUCUACCCCAGCCUCAAGGCAAGCUCUCCCCGUCCUUCCCUGGCGUUGGACCAUCCCAAGGUGCACCGCUACCGCGCCGUCAAGGGCAUGCAGCGCUGCGUGUUCUGGAUGACCCACACCGCGCCCGAGGGCGGCGACAGGGACGACCUGUCCUCCAAGUUCAACGCCCACGAGGCCCAGAUGGCCACCCGCCUGGCGCGCUACCUGGUGCAGAACGGCUACGGAGGAGGCGACAUCACGAUCCUGACGCCCUACGUGGGUCAGCUGCUGCAGCUGCGGCGCGAGGCCUCCCGCCACUUCUGCAUCUCCAUGGAUGAGCGGGAUGCUGCUGAGCUGGCGGAGCUGGAGGAGCCAGAGGGGGCACCGGCGGCAGGUGCUGGGCGCGAGGUCAGCAUGAAGGAUGCCGUGCGUCUGGCCACCAUCGAUAACUACCAGGGGGAGGAGAACCGCAUCAUCAUCCUGUCCCUUGUGCGCUCCAACAGGGACAAUCAGAUCGGGUUUGUGCGGCUGCAAAACCGCACCAACGUGCUGCUGUCCCGGGCCAAGGAGGGCAUGUUCAUCAUCGGCAACUCGGAAUGCCUCGUCAACAGCAAGCAGCCAGGCAUCUGGCCACAGGUGGUGGACAUGUUUGAGCAGGAGGGCGCCAUCGGCCCCGCCUUCCACCUGGUGUGCCAGAAGCACCCCGACGCCAUCAACGCUGUCUCGCAGCCAGCUGACUUUGACACUCGUGUCAGCGACGGCGGCUGCUCCCGCAGCUGCACCGAGCGGCUGCAGCCCUGCGGGCAUGCCUGCCCAAGGCUCUGCCACAGCGACGACCCGCAACACCGCCUCGCCAAGUGCAUGAAGCCGUGCAACCGCCCGCAGCCGUGCGGGCACCCCUGCCAGCACAAGUGCCACGAGCAGUGCGGGCAGUGCCGUGUGCGCGUGCCCAGCGUGCGCCUGCCCUGCGGCCAUGCCAUGGCGCAGCUGGAGUGCUGGAGGACCAGCCAGCUGGAGAGCGUGCAGUGCGAGCAGCUCUUGGAGGUGCAGAUGCCCCACUGCCGCCACAUCAUCCGCGUGCCGUGCUCGGACGUGGCCAGGACCAAGGGCUGGGUGUGCCAGCAGCUGCAGCUGGGUGAGAGGGCGCUGCCCAACCUUGCAACUCAGCAGCAGGGCAGCAGCCUGACAGUGGAGCUGCCCAAGCCCUGCACCUGGGAGUGCCCUCACGAGUGCCCCAGCAUCUGUGGCGAGCCCUGCCCGCCGCCUCGGUUCUGCAUCAACCACGGGCUGACGACCACCACCGUGUUUGAUCCAAUCAUGUUCAAGGAGUGCAGCAUCACGCAGCUGUCUGAUGAGGAGGUGGAGCAGGACCCGCUCAUCUGCCUGCCGUGCGGCCACGCCACGCCGGUGUCUGCUAUGGACAGCUACAUGGAGCUAGCGGCCGAGAUCCAUUCGACAAAGGAUGGCGGCAAGGAGGUGCGUGGGGGCUACACCAGGCGGGCCGACAAGAGCUGGGAGGCGCCCUACAUGCUCCAGGAGGGCUUCUCCGAGGGCAAGACCUGCAUGAAGUGCCGCGCCCCGGUGGGCCAGAUCAUGCGCUACGGCCGCCUGCUGAACAAGCACAGCAUUGAUGCGGCGGAGCGGAAGUUCCUCCAGCAGGCACACCUGGAGAUCGGGGGGGCAGAUGCCGCGCUGUCCAGCCUAUCCCAGCGCGCAGCAGCUGCCAUGAAGGGCGCAGGCUCGCCAGAGUGCAGGCAGGCCCUGAUGCAGCUGCAGGCCGAGGGCAAGAAGCUGCUGGCCUGCUUCAAGCGGCUGGUCAAGACGGCUUCCACUCCACCUACCAUCCAAGUCUACGACACAGCCAGGGCCACCGUGCUGCGCCUGGCUGAAGCGCAGCAGCUGGCGCCGGACAGGGCUGAUGAGGUGCUUCGCGAGAUGGUUGUGCCGCACCCCGACAUCACUCCGGCGCUGCGUGCGGUGAUGGGCAGGUCGCUGUGCUGCGUGGAGCUGAUGCAGCUGUAUUCAGCUGAGCUGGAGCUGUGUGCGGAUGAGCUCGUGCGCCUGCGGAGGCUUAGGACGCAGGGCAGACAAGCAAGCGUGCUUGCCAGCCGCAUCAAUGCCCUGUCUGCUGCACUCAGCAAGCACUUCAACAUAGGGCAGACGGGUGCUAAAUAUGCAGUGCAGCUGGCGGGGGAGCGUGGUGCCACCCGCUACCAGAUCUCUGCCCACCGGGCCCAUGCCCAGCUGCUCAUGGCGUGCGCCAUGAGCCUGGCGGCUCCGGAUCCAGCCAGCGUGGCAGAAGCUCUGGGCAAGGAGCUGCCCGUGCACCGAGCUGCCGUUCAAGAGGAGAAGCACAAGGUGCUGGAUGCGGCUGAUGCUGCGCUGAGGGCUGCCAGACAGCUGGUGGCCACGCUGUUCGGCAUCGCGCCAUCCGAGCACCAAGAUGUGGGGGCUGAGCUGGCUCGUCGCGCUGCUUAA